AAGUUAUAAGCCCUCUCUAUAACCUUUUCCGCACCAAAUUAAGAUUAAUUCGGAAAGGCUACUUGACCUGCUGCCGUCUUAUUCUUCAUUCUCCCGUCCGACGCGCCAUCGCCGGAGUAUAGCGGAGGAGCACUCUCAAUCGGUUAUUAGACAUCAAAAUAAACAUGAGUGUGGUUGGUUUUGAUCUUGGGAAUGAAAACUGUGUUGUUGCGGUUGCACGACAACGAGGAAUUGAUGUUGUGCUCAAUGAUGAAUCAAAACGAGAAACUCCUGCCAUCGUAUGUUUUGGUGACAAGCAGCGAUUUAUUGGAACAGCCGGAGCUGCAUCAAGCAUGACUAAUCCGAAAAAUACAGUAUCCCAAAUAAAGCGACUGAUUGGGAAGCAGUUUUCAGAUCCUGAACUACAGCGUGAUUUGAAGUCAUUGCCAUACUUAGUGACUGAAGGCCCCGAUGGAUACCCUUUGAUUCAUGCUCGUUAUUUGGGGGAAACUAGGACAUUUACACCUACUCAGGUUUUAGGUAUGGUAUUUUCCAAUUUGAAGAGCAUUGCUGAAACGAAUUUAAAAGCUGCAGUUGUGGAUUGCUGUAUUGGAAUACCUGUUCAUUUCACCGACCUGCAGAGGAGAGCUGUUAUAGAUGCCGCAACCAUUGCUGGCUUACACCCUCUACGUCUCAUCCAUGAAACAACAGCUACUGCAUUAAAUUAUGGUAUUUAUAAGACUGAUUUAUCUGAAAGUGAACCUCUAAAUGUUGCUUUUGUUGAUGUCGGGCAUGCAAGCCUUCAAAUUUGUAUUGCCGCCUUCAAGAAAGGUCAGCUGAAGAUCCUGGCUCAUUCUUUCGAUCGAUCUCUUGGUGGGAGGGAUUUUGAUGAAGUUCUUUUCCAGCACUUUGCGGCAAAAUUCAAGAAUGAAUACAAGAUUGAUGUUUUCCAGAAUGCUAGGGCUUGCCUGAGACUGCGUGCAGGUUGUGAAAAAUUAAAGAAGGUUCUCAGUGCUAAUCCCGAGGCUCCUCUGAAUAUUGAAUGCCUGAUGGAUGAGAAGGAUGUCAGGGGAUUUAUUAAGAGAGAUGAGUUUGAGCAGAUUAGUGCUCCCAUUCUGGAACGUGUUAAGAAACCAUUAGAGAAAGCCCUGGCAGAAGCGGGCCUGACUGUUGAGAGUAUACAUGCAGUUGAAGUUGUUGGUUCAGGCUCUAGAGUUCCUGCAAUUCAUAAGAUUUUAACAGAGUUCUUUCAAAAGGAGCCUAGGCGAUCAAUGAAUGCAAGUGAAUGCGUUUCUAAAGGAUGUGCAUUGCAAUGUGCUAUUCUGAGUCCUACAUUCAAAGUCCGCGAUUUUCAGGUUAAUGAGAGCUUUCCAUUCUCAAUUGCUCUGUCAUGGAAAGGUUCUGCUCCUGAUGCACAAAAUGGAGUAGCAGAAGGUCAGCAGAGCACUGUUGUCUUCCCCAAGGGCAAUCCAAUACCGAGUGUGAAGGCGCUAACUUUCUAUAGAUCUGGCACCUUCACAAUAGAUGUACAGUAUGCCGAUGCCAGUGAGAUCCAAGCACCACCAAGGAUAAGCACUUACACGAUUGGACCUUUUCAAUCUGCAACAGGUGAAAGGGCAAAACUGAAGGUCAAAGUACGCUUGAACCUACAUGGCAUUGUCUUGAUUGAGUCGGCAACGCUCUUGGAGGAGGAAGAGGUAGAAGUUCCAGUCAAAGAGUCAGCAAAAGAGGCCACCAAGAUGGAGACAGAUGAAACUCCCCCUCCAAGCACCAACGAAACAGAUGUAAAUAUGCAGGAUGCUAAAACUGAUGCCCCUGCCGUUGAUAAUGGCCCUGAAUCGGGAGAUAAAUCCGUAAAUAUGGAAACAGAUGCAAAGGUGGAAGCUCCAAAGAAAAAGGUUAAGAAAAUCAAUGUGCCUGUAUCUGAGAUCGUAUACGGAGGACUUGCAGCUGCAGAUGUGCAAAAGGCCGUCGAGAAGGAGUUUGAGAUGGCUCUUCAGGAUCGCGUUAUGGAAGAAACCAAAGAACGCAAAAAUGCUGUCGAGGCUUAUGUUUACGAUAUGCGCAAUAAGCUUCACGACAAGUAUCACGAGUUUGUGACUGAAUCAGACAAAGAGCAGAUAAUCGCUCGGCUGCAAGAGGUUGAAGAUUGGUUGUAUGAAGACGGCGAGGACGAAACCAAGGGAGUCUACAUUGCUAAGCUGGAGGAGCUCAAGAAGCAAGGUGAUCCUAUCGAGGAGCGCUACAAGGAUCACACCGAGAGGGGGCCUGCUAUUGAUCAACUUAAUUAUUGCAUCAACAGCUACAGAGAAGCAGCUAUAUCAAAUGAUCUCAAGUUUAAUCAUAUCGAUGUUGAAGAGAAGCAGAAGGUUUUGAAUGAAUGCCUUCAAGCCGAAUCUUGGCUAAGAGAGAAAAGGCAGCAGCAGGAUACUCUCCCAAAGCACGUCACACCGGCUCUUUUGUCUUCCGACAUUAAGAAAAAGGCCGAAGGUCUUGACAGGUUCUGCAGACCGAUCAUGACGAAACCAAAACCCGCCCCACCAAAGACGGAAACUCCUCCGCCGCCCCCUCAACAACAAGAAGCCGACAACGGCCCUGAAGAGAAUUCCAAUGACGCUGGAAAAACUCCUGGAGGCGGGGACGAAGCAUCGCCAGGGUCCAAGGAGCCUAUGGAAACUGACAAUUCGCAGGGCUCCUGAUGAGUAGUAAGUUUGUGUUUGUGUUUGUGUUUCUGGACUUGUGGUUAUACAAGAAAGUAGUAUUACAAUUAUUCAAAAACCUAUUUAAGCACGAAUCCAGGAAGAAAAAGAACCCUCUUGAUGAACUUUUGAGCUUAUAACAAAUUGAUUUGGGGUUUUGACAUUUGUUUGGAUGUGUCUGAUGAAGCUUCCCCUCUUUCCCAUUCUGUACUCCAAUUUUGGCGUUAUUCUUAUUUGCUGCUAUUGUGAUAUUGGUAAGAAUA